AUGCAAUUCAAAAUUGCUUUCAACUUGGGUGUCAAGGAUAACUCUGGUAACUGUAAGACGGUUGAAGAGUUUGAGUCCGACUUGGAACUUCUCAAGGAUACUACUUCAAUCAUCAAGACAUAUGCUGUUUCCGAUUGUAACACUUUGCAAAACUUGGGUCCAGCAGCAGAACAAGAAAACUUUCAAAUUAUGUUGGGUAUCUGGCCAACCGACGAUGCCCACUACCAAGCCGAGAAGGAUGCUUUGCAACUGUACUUGCCAAAGAUUUCCAAGUCUACAAUCAAGAUCUUUUUAGUUGGUUCAGAAGCAUUGUACAGAGAAGAUUUAACUGCUAGCCAAUUGGCAAACAAGAUUGACGACAUUAAGAGCUUUGUUGCCGACAUCAAAGACAAGGAUGGAAACUCAUACAGUGAUAUCCCAGUUGGUACUGUUGACUCUUGGAAUGUUUUGGUUGAUGGUGGCUCUAAACCAGCUAUUCAAGCCGCAGAUGUCGUUUACGCCAAUGCAUUCUCAUACUGGCAAGGACAAACCAACCAAAAUGCCUCAUACUCAUUCUUUGAUGACAUCAUGCAAGCAUUGCAAACCAUCCAAACUACCAAAGGCUCAACUGACAUUGAAUUCUGGGUUGGUGAAACUGGUUGGCCAACCGAUGGUUCAAACUUUGAGAGCUCUGAACCAGGUGUUGACAAUGCCAAGAACUUUUGGCAACAAGGUAUCUGCGCAAUGAGAGCUUGGGGUGUCAAUGUCGCUGUCUUUGAAGCUCUUGAUGAAGCAUGGAAACCAGACUCUUCAGGUAUCUCCGAUGUUGAGAAGCACUGGGGUGUUUGGGACGCCAAUGGAAAAUUGAAAUACGACAUCACCUGUGACUUUGACUAA